AUGGCUCAUGCUCGAUUCAACGAACGGGAGGCGAACCCGAACCCGCAUAUCAAAUUCAUAACCCCGCUCAAGAUGGUGGAUUCUCAGGCAGAGGAGGAUGCACGGCAGCUAUUGCGCGCACUCGCUGCGCAAGUCAGACCCAUCAUGAAGUCCGAAGGUUUCCUUGUGAACAGUUUCGAAGAGUACGAACACAACCAUGUCUUUGCAGGUCGGAACUGGAACAACGGCGAAACCGUAGAGCUUGUCCUGCGCAGAGCAAAUGGCUCUUUCUUACCGAUUCCGUGGUUGCUGGGUACACUUUGUCAUGAGCUCGCGCACAUCAAGCACAUGAACCACGGACCUGCAUUUCAGGCCCUCUGGAGAAAGUUGCGGAAUGAUGUAGGAGAUCUCCAGCGUAAAGGCUACUAUGGCGAUGGUUACUGGUCCUCGGGCAGCCGACUAUCAGACUCUGCAGUGAUACGGGGCGAGGGUCUCAACGCUGACGAACUCCCGGAGUACGUGUGCGGGGGCGCACAAGGGCGACGGAGGCCGACCUCCGUACGGCGACGUCGACGUGCCUGCGACACAGGUCCCUCCAACCACACUGGCGCGCAGACCGCGAAGCGGCGGAAAGCCGGGGCGCGCGUAACUGCCCAAGGCCUCUUUGUCGGCUCUGGCCGAGCGCUGGAUGAGGGUGCCGAAACCGAGGACGCAAAACAAUCUGGUGCAGGGUUUCGCAAGAAAGCAGCCAGCAAACGCGCACGAGAAGAACGGGCUCGAGCCGCCGAACACCGCCUGUCUGCGCUGCGGGACCAAAGCGAUGCUGAUCAUCCGUCUGCAGCCGCGGCGGAAGGCGGUUCCGACCUCGAGGAUGACGGUGAUGAAGAUAUCCAGGAGACGGACCAAGACCGCCGACGCGUGCUGUUGGAGGCGGCGGACACAUCAGAGCUCGAUGCGUUGAAGGCGUGGCAACUGGACUACUCCUCGGACUUCAUCCUACCAUCGGCGGAUCUUCCUGCACCAGGGCCCUCCGCCCGAGGCAACGAUUCGACCAACAAAGGCCGGAAAGCGCAGCUGGGCCCUGAUAACAUCAAGCAACCACUGGACGGCAGCGCUGGUCGUCCCGCGAUCGCGCAAGAUAUCCAAACGCAUGGCGCUGCAUCGAACCCGGCGGCUCACAGCCAAAACGCACGGCCCCCAGCGCGCCGUCCACCCGCAGGCCUUCAGCUGACCCAGAUUUCACCGCCACUCCCGAAUUCCGGAAACAAGCGGACGCCACAGGGUGGCAGCGCGCAUUCUUUCCAGACGGCCCCUGCAGCGGCAGGAGGACUCCGAGGCUUCGCGCAGGCCGAGAUAGCAACCCGGAAACGCGAGGGGCUGGGAAUGGGACCGGGUGCCCGGCGCACGUUGGGUGCGCCGCCCUCGAACUCAAACCCAGACGCUGGAUCGCGCCAGCGGACCCUAGAGGACGUCGUUCGGCAAGGCGGCACCCUGGGACGACACGGUCCAUCGGUAUCGAACGCGACAGACGAGGACUCCGCCGAGGGCGCAUGGCCGUGCGGCGUGUGCACGUUGGUCAAUGAGCCAGCACACCUCGCUUGCGCCGCAUGCGCGACGCCUCGAGGCGAGUCCGAAUGGACCGGUCGCGCUGUCUGA